UUCCUCCUCUUUCACACUGACUUCACACACUAAAUCUACUCAAUCCAUUCAUAUAUGAUCAGAUCUUGAUUCUACACUUCUUAAUCUGCAGUUUAUAGUUUUGGGAUUUCUGAUUUCUGUAACAAUCAAUCAUCAUAAUGGGGCAUAUCAAUCUCACUUCACCCAAGCAGCGCAACAAUCCGACACGAAAAUGGCAACUUCUUGACUUCGUAUCCAUGGUCUUCUUCGCCGUCGUCAUCCUCUUUUUCCUCCUCAUAUUUACCCCUCUUGGUGAUUCCCUUGCCGCCUCUGGUAGCCAAGCUCUGAUUCGUUCCGCCACCGCCGAUCCCAAGCAACGCCAACAACUUGUUGCUUUGAUUGAAGCCGGCAAACACCCUGAAAUUGAAUCAUGUUCUGCCGACACUGUGGAUUACAUGCCUUGUGAGGAUCCGACCCGUAACAGUCAGCUUAGUAGGGAGAUGAAUUUUUAUCGGGAGAGGCAUUGUCCGUCUCCAGAUGAGACGCCCUUGUGCUUGAUCCCUCCACCUCAAGGGUAUCAUGUCCCGAUUCAAUGGCCUGAGAGCUUGCAUAAGAUAUGGCACGAAAACAUGCCAUACAAUAAACUCGCCGACAGGAAAGGUCAUCAGGGAUGGAUGAAAAGAGAUGGUCCAUACUUCAUCUUUCCUGGGGGUGGCACUAUGUUUCCAGAUGGAGCCACACAAUAUAUCGCAAAACUUAAACAAUAUAUUCCUAUUUCUGGUGGGCUCCUGAGGACAGCUCUUGAUAUGGGAUGUGGGGUAGCUAGUUUUGGAGGUCACUUGCUAGAUGAAGACAUUUUGACGCUCUCGUUUGCUCCAAGAGAUUCACAUAAAUCACAGAUACAGUUUGCUCUGGAGAGAGGAAUACCGGCAUUUGUUUUGAUGCUUGGCACUCGCCGACUUCCUUUUCCUGCGUCCUCAUUUGACUUGAUGCACUGCUCUCGUUGUUUGAUCCCUUUUACUGCAUAUAAUGCUACAUAUUUUAUGGAAGUUGAUCGAUUACUUCGCCCUGGUGGGUACCUAACAAUCUCCGGCCCCCCAGUACAGUGGCCUAAACAAGAUAAAGAGUGGGCAGAUCUUCAGGCAGUGACUAGAGCAUUGUGCUACGAGUUAAUUGUUGUGGAUGGGAACACUGUCAUCUGGAAAAAGCCUGUUGGUGAUUCAUGUCUGCAGAACCAAAACGAACUUGGGCUUGAACUGUGUGAUGAGUCUGAUGACCCCAGUUCCGCAUGGUAUACGAAAUUGAAAAAAUGUGUGAGCCAGACGUCUGCUAUCAAAGGAGAAAUUGCAGUUGGCACAAUUCCGAAGUGGCCACAGAGACUAAAACAAGCUCCAUCAAGAGCCACCUUGAUAAAAAAUGGAAUUGAUGUCUUUGAAGCAGACACACGGCGUUGGGAAAGGAGGAUUUCUUACUAUAAAAACUUAUUAAACUUGAAGCUGGGGACUCCUGCAGUACGAAAUGUUCUGGAUAUGAAUGCGUUUUUUGGUGGCUUUGCUGCUGCAUUGGUAUCUGAUCCUUUGUGGGUGAUGAAUGUUGUUGCAGACCACAAGCCUUCAACCUUAGGUGUCAUUUAUGACAGAGGGCUUAUUGGUGUUUAUCAUGAUUGGUGUGAACCUUUCUCAAGUUACCCUCGAACUUAUGACUUCAUUCAUGUGGUUGCAAUUGAAUCCCUCAUAAAGGAUCCAGUUACUGGCAAGAACAGAUGUAAUCUUGUGGAUGUAAUGGUGGAGAUGGACCGAUUAUUGCGGCCCGAAGGAACAGUUGUGGUUCGUGAUUCCCCUGAAUCGAUUGCAAAAAUAGAUCGAAUAUCUGGUUCUGUAAGAUGGAAAUCGACCAUACACGAUAAGGAACCGGAAUCACAAGGAAGGGAGCGGAUCCUAGUGGCUACAAAAACUCAUUGGACAUUAUCGUCAUCGUCCCAUUGACACAAUAGGUACUUCUCUAGAUUCAAUCUUGUUAUGGUAUGUAAGUUAUUCAUAGGGAAAUUCUUGUAUGCAUCAAAUGUGCAAGAUCUCCUUCUUGUUACUUAUUUGGUUUUAUAUUGAAGUAAUAGUGUUAUGUAUGUUAGAACAACAAGGAAGUGUAUGAAAGAUGGCUUAAACACUA